UAGGGUUUUACGCAUCCUUCGACUGCUCUAUAAAGAGUAAGAUACAUACAUAACGUCACAGGAAAAUCAGAAAUAUCUGAAUCUGAUUUCUUAAAAUCCCCCGCAAAGAAGAAGAAGGUCUCUCCUUUACUCCAUUCUCCUCUCUCUCUGUCACUGCACUAAUUUCUCACUUGCGAUAAUGAGCCGACAUCCUUCAGUGAAAUGGGCCCAGAGGUCAGACAAGUUGUUCAUCAUUGUGCAGCUGCCCGAUGCACAGGAUGUGAAGUUUAAACUAGAGCCUGAAGGGAAAUUUUUCUUCUCUGCUACCAGUGGGGCGGAUAAGACACCCUAUGAAAUUGAACUUGACCUAUUAGACAAGGUCAACGUAGAGGAGAGUAAGGCCGGUAUUGGUUCAAGAAAUAUCCAAUACAUUGUGAAGAAGGCUGAGAAUAAAUGGUGGAGCAGAUUGAUAAAACAGACUGGAAAACCUCCAGUGUUCUUGACUGUUGAUUGGGAUAAAUGGAUUGAUGAAGAUGAGGAGUUCACAAGCAAGGGAGCAGCACCACCUGAUAUGGGUGAUAUGGGUUUUGAUUUUCCUGAUAUGGGUCUUGGAGGUGGAGGCUUCGAUGGGGCUGUUCCUGAGAUGGAUGAUGAUGAGGAAAAUGACACCGAAGAUGAGAAUGUGGAAGAAGCAUCAUCAGCAGAGAAGGAAGAGGUACCACCAACUGCUAGUGGCGAAGCAGACACGAAAAAACUUGAAGUUUGAAUGUGUUUCAAAUCUCCGAGUUUGCCAUUUUACCUAAAUCUGUUGAGUGUUUGACUUGAAAAGUAUCACAGGUGCAUUAGUUCUACAUCAUGAUAGUUUGUGAGAGAGAUCAACUAUUGGUUAUAAUGUGGUCUUACCAUUUAACUUUUAGUGGCAUGCAUCUGUUUUUUUUAUAUACAAUGGUACAUGAUGAUGAUCUAUACAUGCCUAGAUGAGUUCCAUCCUGUUUAA